GCAUAUCACAUAACAACUUUAAUCAGUGGCCAAAGUAAACGAGUAGUGAACAUCUGUAUAUUCUGGGUUUUGUAACAACUAAGAUCCAGGGUUUUGUAAUGCUUUCACUUGAUCGCCUUAUAAGAAUUGCUCCGGCAGCAAGCUGUCGCACAUGAUUGGGGCGGCGCUUUGUUUGGGGAAAGCAGCGCGUCGAGCAAAACAUGGAAUGUGACUGCAAACCAGACAGCCCUUGUUCUUCAACUUCAAGAUGUGGAGAAGAUUCUUAUUUUGAGUCAACAGCCAAAGGUCUGUGGCUAGAUGCCAACACCUUGUUGACGGGAUUAAUUUCAGUUGUGGGUUUUCUGAUUUUCAGAUUCUCACAAGGUCUUCCAGCUUUACUUCGUUGGCCAAUUCGUAUCCUAUGCUCUUUGACUGGUAUAUCAUCUUUGUGGAGCUGGGUAACAAAUCUAACUAAAACUGUCCGUGGGCUCCAGACACUGUUCCACUGGCUUGCUCGUUUUGGCCGUUUCCUCUAUGCUCUGCUAUCAAAGCUCACCUGGGUACCUGCUCUCAUCAGAGCCAUCGCAGGAGUGUUGGUGUCGAUUAAGAAUGGGCUGGAAUUCAUAGUGAACAUAAAGCAACGUGUAAAAGGACCGUCCAAAAACAAACAGGCCGAAGCACUCACCACCUCCAGCAUCCCGGUUCUUGGGCCUACACUUGGUGACCAGGGCUUGCGAGUCAUCGUGGUCGGACCGCAGCGAAAAGCCCGUCUCUCGCUGGUCAGCAUUCUGCUCACCCCGCCGUCCUCCUCUCCAAAGAAACAAAGUGAUGCUGCACAGGAGUGCCAGAGCUGGAGAACCAUGGCCGCCGGCAGCGGACGAGAGGUGACCAUCGUGGACACCCCGGACCUGCUGGGCAAAAGAGGCGGCAUGAGCCCAGCACAGAGGGCCCGAGAGGCCCUACGCAGCCUUCAGCUGGUCAGCCCUGGCCCCCACGCCUUCCUGCUAGCCCUCCCGUGCCCCAGCGCCAACGGCUCCAAGGCGGGGGAAGGAAGAGACUUCAGGGAGGCGGCUGACGCCCUGCGCGCCCUGGCGGAACUGGUGGGCGAGGACGCCCUGGCGCACGUGCUGGUCGUGCUCCUCGCUCAGCCCGAAGGUUGGGCACGGUCGCGGACACAGACACAGACACUCACACUCUCUCAAUUAUUGGAAGAGAACGCUGGUGGUGGUGGAGGGCUAAGGGAGGUGCUGUCCAUGUGCGGCCAAAGGGCAGAGCUGGUGGCUGGGACGCAGGGGAGCGAUGGUGGGGCUGGUGCUGGUGCUGCCUCCAGGAUCAUGGAGAGGGUGGUGGAGAUGAGGGCGCUGCAGGGGCAUUAUGUGCACGAGCUCCAGCGCAGGGAGGAGCGCAUCAGGCAAGAGCUCCUGGCCGACAUGGCUCACGUACUGACAAAGAAGUUGGAGGGGAAGUGGGGUUAAAACCUUCGUGCAUGACACUUUUGAUUCAAUGCAUUUGAAGCAGGGCAGGUGUCUUCCCAUGGCACAGGCAUAGAUAUACACUUACAGCGUAAUUGUGAUGUUUUUGCAAAAAAGACUUAUUACAAGAUUGUUUUCACCAAAAUGGUAAUGACCAAGUCGGAGCCUCAUAAUGCACACCGCUCCGCCAGUGGAACGCUGUAAUAGUCUUUGGAAAUACUUAAUGACGUAGUAGGGUGCUACUAUAAAAGUUGUUACAUGGUCUUUAGUAAUGCAUAAUGUAUUACUGCCCUUCUUGGUACCGACUUGGUUAUUGCCAUUCUUCAGCGAAGUCAUCACAGGAGGGAGCCAUGUAUUACGAGUUGAAUCUGUCACUUAAGACCUUCAGUAAUGUCAUAGCACUGUUGUUAUAAUGUAGUUGUGAGUGAGUGGGCCCCAUCUGCACAAAGAGGCUACAGGCAAGCAAUUAUGCGGAGGCCACAUGAAACGCUGUCAAAAUGUGACUGUUAGUUUAGAUGCAGCACCCCCAAUGGACCAGAGAAAUCGGUAUCUGAGUAAGCCUUGAAGCUACCCAGGGAUCACACACACACACACACACACACACACACACACACACACACACACACACACACACACACACACACACACACACACGUGUACGUAAGCAGUGUUUUGCUGCGUUCUCGUUGACAUUACAUUGAAUGAGGUCAUGUGCUGCUGCACUGAAUUGUGGCCUUGCUUGCAUUGCAUUGGUUGAGAAGUGUUGAACUUUUGGCUUUUGGCACGUGUGCAUCAGUCAAUGAAAUAGUUGUUGCAAAUGACCCACCGCCCUCCAUGGAUACACCAAUUAGGUUUGUAAGGGGGUGCUGUGGCGCAUCGUGUUGAGCACCCAUACCAUGUGCGGAGGGGUCCCCGAGUACGGGUCUGACCUGGGUCGUUUCCCAGCCCUGUCCCAUCUCUCUCCCCGCAGCUGUCCUGGCACAUCUUCUCUGUAGUGUCAUGGUGGAGGCACGUAAAUGCCCCAAAAAGUCGCUCUGAAAAGUAAAGAAAAGGAGAAAAAAAGCAAGUUCGGAGGACUGGAGUACCUCUGUAGUUCCACUUCCAGCCUGUGGUGUGAACAAAAACGAAAACUACUAAAGAAAACAUCUGAAAACUUGUCAAACACUGACUUGGAACAGAUCAUCAUCUCUGGUGAUAUGUAGGCCUACCUCGGGUUCAUUUGUCACUACAAGCACUUCCUUUGUGUGAUAUCUUUUACAUACGAUUUUACAUUAAUACUACUGGUGUGUGUGUGUGUGUGUGUGUGUGUGUGUGUGCGUGCGUGCGUGCGUGCGUGCGUGCGUGCGUGCGUG